AUGGUGCUCACGAGCCCCCCGGAGCAAGUCGCCAUUGCUGGCGCAGGCCUUGCGGGCCUCACUCUUGCCCUCGCACUCCACGACCUAAACAUACCCUCGACGGUUUACGAAGCCCGCUCCGAAGACUUCGACCAAGGCGGAGGCGUCGUGCUCUCCCCAAACGCCCUGCGCGUGCUUGACAGCGUGGGAGCCUACUCACGCAUUCGAGAUAAAGCCCUGCAGUUCGACGUCCUCACUUUCACAGAUGGCGAAAACAAAGUCACCGACGAGUACUAUUUCGGAUCCAAGGAGCUGUAUGGCUACAAAGCUAUCCGUAUCAUGCGCAAAGAGCUCCUCGACGAGCUGAAGGCGAUGCUAAGGGAGCGGAACAUCCCGAUACACUACAAUCUCAAGGUCACCACGAUCAAUAGCGAGAAUCCAGACAAGGUCGAGUUCACCUUUGCCAACGGCGAGUCCGUCUCCACUCCCCUCCUCAUUGGGGCCGAUGGUAUUCACUCGACCGUCCGCACAAGUUUUCUCCCCGACAUCAAGCCCCUCUACGCCGGCUUCAUGGGCAUCAACAGCGUGGUCCAGCGAUCGCAGCUCCGAAUCCCGGAUAACUACAGCCUGCCGGCCUCCGUCGGGGCCAAGCCCGGCGCAUUCCUCCUCGUCCCGCAGAAACCCGACGGAUCCGAGCUCUUCAUCGGCUCGCAGCGCGUAUUCCCCGAGCUCGACGGCCCAGGCUGGGACGAGUUGCGUCAGGAUAAGCAGAAGCUCUACGGCAUGCUCCAGGAGAACAAGUCCGACUGGCCGGACGUUGUCCAGUCCGCGCUCGAGGUUACGCCCGUCGACCGCAUGGGCUUCUGGGCAUUCUACGGCCUCCCGCCCCUGCCCAGCUGGCUUUCCGAGUCGAAGAGAAUCAUCCUGGUCGGCGACGCAGCGCACGCCAUCCCGCCCACUGCCGGCCAGGGGGCAAACCAGGCGUUUGAGGACGUGCGAUCCUUGGCGACUGUGCUUUCCAGACUGUCGCCCGACGUGCCCCUGGAGCGGGCAGCCGCGCGGUGGCAAGCCUACCGCCAGGAGCGCAUCAAGAAGGUGCUCGAGCUGACGAACCAGAUGAACGCCAAGCGUCUACCCGAGGCGCAGCGCGCCAGUUUGCCCGCCAGCGCUAUUUGGAGCGAUACCUCGCUCACUCAGGGGAAGGGGGGAGAGCUCCGGUGGCUGUAUGAACCGGACCUGGCAAAGGAGGCAGAGAAGUGGGUGGAGGAAAUCGCUAAAGAAUCACAAUUAGGGAAGAGCUGA